AUGUCUGAUUUCUCUGCUUCUCAUCCGCCUGGCUCCCGUGCCAUCAAGAUUCCCUUGCAUGGGAACAGCAAUGCCGACUACGCUUUGUCGAGUCGACGUCGUCGCAGCUCGCGUUAUGUCAACCACGCCGAUCAAGCCGAGGCCUCAGAUGCUGGUCCAUCUUCGCUAGGCUCGGGCUCUGACCAGGACUCUUCGUGGUCCUACAGCCCUCUACCCGCUCGGCCCCAAGAUCGAUUUCAGACUGUUGCUUCCCCUACGACCCAGCCUGCUCGUUUUCCUACCUUAUCCACGCCGACGAAUGACCCGAGUCGGUCGCAACGCAAAGACAAGCACAAGGCUGACCUCCCACCGCCCAACGGCAUGGCCAUGCUCUUCAAUUCCUCGUCUCCACUAGGCCCCUCUAUGCUCUCGUCUAGCUCAUACAAGUCAAUCAACCUGAACGCGCACCACGACGAUCCCGACGAACCUCCACGUUUGAUCACCUACACGAAGUAUAGCCAAGGCUUCACUUGGAACGACGAGUUAUUCUUGCCGAGUUACAUGCUGGGGCGGUACGGAGAGCGGGGACGUAAGAAGCAAUAUGACGGUGACUUUGGAGAUGAGGACCAGUGCCCGGUGGCUGAGAUCUUCGUUACAGACGAGGAGGCGCAAGCAAUGAUGCCCUAA